GCUCGCGGGCCGACUGGCUGCGAGCGGCUCGGUGCGCUCCCUUCCCGGGCGGGGGAAUCCGGGCCGGGUUGUGGCCGCGGCCGCGUACGUGAGCGCAGUGUCCCGGAGAGGGAGGGCAGGCCGGCCAGGUGGGCGCGAAGGCGGCGACGGCGGGAGGCGGCGCAGUGCAGGGGCCGCGCCGGUGGCGGGCAGGGCCGCGGCCGCUGCAGGGAGCCGAGCUGUCCGGGCCAGUGGCCGGCCGAGCAGACGUAACAGAGUAUCCAGCAUGCUGUCCCGACGCCUUGGUAAGCGCUCCCUCUUGGGAGCCCGGGUACUGGGACCUAGUGCCUCUGAGGUGCCACUAGGGGCCAGCCUACCCUUGGAACCACAGAUAGAAGUGCCCGAAGGAGCCACGCCCAAGCCCUCACUUACCUCUAAGGACCCUAUGUGCCAGGAACAGCCCAAGGAGGUCCUCAAGGCUCUGGGUACCUCAGGCCACCCACAGGUGGCCUUUCAGCCUGGACAGAAGGUCUGUGUGUGGUAUGGGGGUCGGGAGUGCAAGGGCCUGGUGGAGCAGCACAGCUGGGCUGAGGACAAGGUGACAGUCCGGCUGCUGGACCAGAAGUUACAGAUUUGCUGUAAAGUGGAAGAGGUGUGGCUGGCGGAGCUGCAGGGUACCACAUCCCAGGUGCCAGCCUAUCGGCCCGUGUCUAGGAACAUCGAUGUCCCAAAGAGGAAGUCGGAUGCAGUGGAGAUGGAUGAAAUGAUGGCUGCAAUGGUGCUGACGUCUCUGUCUUGCAGUCCGGUGGUGCAGAGUCCGCCCGGGGCUGAGCCCAUCUUCUCUGUCUCCCGUGCAGCUUGCGGUGACCCCUGGAAGGAGAGCGGUGACGUGUCGGACAGUGGCAGUAGUACCACCAGCGGGCACUGGAGCGGGAGCAGUGGCAUCUCCACCCCCUCGCCUCCCCACCCUCAGGCCAGCCCCAAGUACCUGGGUGACGCCUUUGGGUCCCCCCAAACUGAUCAUGGCUUUGAGACUGAUUCGGACCCAUUCCUGUUGGACGAGCCAGCCCCACGCAAGAGGAAGAACUCUGUGAAGGUGAUGUACAAGUGCCUGUGGCCCAGCUGUGGCAAAGUUCUGCGCUCAAUCGUGGGCAUCAAACGACAUGUCAAAGCCCUCCACCUGGGGGACACCGUGGACUCCGAUCAGUUCAAGCGGGAAGAAGACUUUUACUAUACAGAGAUGCAGCUGAAGGAAGAAUCCGCUCUGGCUGUGGCUGCCCCCCCUGCCCCUGGGACACCCAGCGGCGAGCCAGCCCCCACCUCCCGUGUGACCAGCCCGUCCCUUGCUACUCCUUCCUUGCCUCCACCCAGAGGCCAGUCCUCUGGCCCGGAACACGCUGGCCUGGAUUCGGUUACACUCAGCAAGUCAGCUCCUGGCUCUUUCUGGCACAUUCAGGCUGACCACGCAUACCAGGCUCUGCCCUCCUUCCAGAUCCCCGUCUCUCCCCACAUCUACACCAGCAUCAGCUGGGCUGCUGCCCCUACCACCACCUCCCCGCUCUCUCCGGUCCGGAGCCGGUCACUCAGCUUCAGCGAGCCCCAGCAGCCUCCACCCACCGUGAAAUCUCACUUGAUCGUCACCUCCCCACCCCGGGCGCAGAGCAGCUCCAGGAAAGCCCGUGGAGAAGCCAAGAAGUGCCGUAAGGUGUACGGCGUGGAGCACCGGGACCAGUGGUGCACAGCCUGCCGGUGGAAGAAGGCCUGCCAGCGCUUCCUGGACUGAGCCUGCCCGUCCCAGCCCCGCUCCUCCCCCUGCCUGGCAGCCACGGGGUCUCCAGGCCUGCCGCCAUCAGCAGAACACAGAGCGACGUGGAGUGUGGACGUGGGCAGCGGGGGCGCCAUUGGCUAAGAUUUAACACUUAAAAACACUUUCUCCCCCCUUGUGGGAAUGUUUUAUUUUUAAGAGAAAAAAAA